AAAAGUAAAAGUAAAAGUAAAAGUAAAAGUAAAAGUAAAAGUAAAAGUAAAAGUAAAAGUAAAAGUAAAAGUAAAAGUAAAAGUAAAAGUAAAAGUAAAAGCAGUAAAAGUAAAAGUAAAAGUAAAAGUAAAAGUAAAAGUAAAAGUAAAAGUAAAAGUAAAAGUAAAAGUAAAAGUAAAAGUAAAAGUAAAAGUAAAAGUAAAAGUAAAAGUAAAAGUAAAAGUAAAAGUAAAAGUAAAAGUAAAAGUAAAAGUAAAAGUAAAAGUAAAAGUAAAAGUAAAAGUAAAAGUAAAAGUAAAAGUAAAAGUAAAAGUAAAAGUAAAAGUAAAAGUAAAAGUAAAAGUAAAAGUAAAAGUAAAAGUAAAAGUAAAAGUAAAAGUAAAAGUAAAAGUAAAAGUAAAAGUAAAAGUAAAAGUAAAAGUAAAAGUAAAAGUAAAAGUAAAAGUAAAAGUAAAAGUAAAAGUAAAAGUAAAAGUAAAAGUAAAAGUAAAAGUAAAAGUAAAAGUAAAAGUAAAAGUAAAAGUAAAAGUAAAAGUAAAAGUAAAAGUAAA